UAUGGUUUUUGCAUGGGAUCACCCUCAUGAUGCAGGUCUUGGACAGUUUCCACAUCAAGUUUCAUUGGUAUGGAGCCUACCACCGGAUGUUAAUAAUUUUCACUACUGUGGUGGUUCGAUUCUCAGUAAUUUGUGGGUUUUGACUUCUGCAUUUUGUGUUACAAACAUAUAUAUGGGGAAUUUACUAAUUAAAGUGGGCAGACAUAAUAUCAUUGUGGAUGAUGAAUAUGUUCAAACAAGUCAUAUUCAAACGCAAAUAAUUCAUCCAAAAUAUCAAGGAGUAUACGUGCUUGAAAAUCUUGGAAGUUUUGAUCUUGCCUUACUAAAGCUAAUCGAACCAUUAGAAUUUAAUAGACGCGUUCAACCAAUUGAGCUACCGAAUAGUGGGGCAUGGUUUUGGAAUAGUUUCAAGUUCAACUACAACUUAAUUCUGAGUGGUUGGGGUGGGAUUUCCAAUGGUGUAAUUUACAAUCACACGAAGAUUUUGCAGACUGUACACCUGCCUGUUGUACCCAAUAAAGUUUGUUCGACUUCUAUAAAAACCAUUUAUCCACAUUUUACAUUGGAUGAUUCGCAAAUGUGUACAAGACCUAUGGAUGGUUCGAUUUCUGCUUGUAUCGGUGAUUAUGGGGGUCCACUAAUUCAAUAUGACAAAACAAAUCGGCCUGUCUUAGUGGCUGUAUACGCAUGGAGUACGAUGCCUUGUAAUACCAAUGGUUUGCCACCAAUCUAUACUCGCAUUUUUCCAUUUGCUAAGUGGAUCAAGAAGACUAUGAAAGAGAAUUGAAUUUUAACAACAAAAUCAUAAUUAAAUAUUUAUG